AUGCUUCUCACCCUGACAAACGUCGCUUACGCCUUGGCAAAAGCUUACCCUUCUUCUGCGGUUCGGGCAGCCCGGCCCUAUUCGUGGCUGCAAAGCGCGGCGAUGUCCGAAUUCUACAAUGACAUAGUUGCCUCAAACGGCGCUUACAAAUACUUUUUAGAUGGGCAAUGGCGGGAAAGCGAAUCGGGCAAGACUGUAAGCGUCACAAACCCAUCUACGCGGCAGACGUGCUACCAAGUUCAAGCAUGUACGCAAGGGGAAGUCGACAAGAUGUUCGAGUCUGCGAAAGUUGCCCAGAAGGCAUGGGCAAAGACGCCGCUCUGGAAGCGCGCGGAGCUCUUGCAUAAAGUCGCGGCCCUUAUGCGUCAGCACGCCAAGCCCAUCGCAGAUUGCCUCGUCAAAGAGGUGGCCAAGCCCGCCAAGGACAGCCUGAGCGAGGUGGUGCGCUCAGCCGACCUGCUGGACUACUGCGCGGAGGAGGGACUGCGCUUCCUCGGGGAGGGGCAGCUGCUGGCGGCGGACUCCUUCCCGGGACACGCCAGGAACAAGCUGUGCCUUGCAUCCAAGGUCCCCCUGGGCGUGGUGCUGGCCAUCCCCCCCUUCAACUACCCGGUUAACCUGGCGGUCUCCAAGCUGGGUCCGGCGCUGAUGGCGGGCAACGCGGUGCUGCUGAAGCCGCCCUCGCAGGGGGCCGUGGCGGGGCUUCACAUGGCGCACUGCUUCCACGCUGCGGGGCUGCCGACGGGGCUGCUGGCGGUGGCUACGGGGCGGGGCGCGGAGAUAGGGGACUACCUCACCAUGCACCCGGGGGUCAACUGCAUCUCCUUCACAGGAGGGGAUACAGGCAUCUCCAUCAGCCGCAAGGCGGGCAUGGUGCCGCUGCAGAUGGAGCUGGGCGGCAAGGACGUGGCCAUCGUGUGCGCCGACGCGGACCUGGCCCUGGCGGCGCGCGCCAUCGUGCGGGGCGCCUUCAGCUACAGCGGGCAGCGCUGCACGGCGGUGAAGCUGGUGCUGGUGGAGGCGGCGGUGGCGGAGGCGCUGGUGGGCGCGCUGGCGGCGGGGGUGGCCGGGCUGCGGGUGGGGUUGCCAGAGGAGGACGCGGACAUCACACCGGUGGUGUCGUCCAGCAGCGCGGAUUUCAUCGAGGGGCUGGUGCGGGACGCACAGGAGAAGGGCGCCACCUUUGUGAACGGCGCGUUCCGUCGCGAGGGCAACCUGCUGUGGCCGCUGCUGCUGGACCACGUGCGCCCCGACAUGCGGCUGGCGUGGGAGGAGCCGUUCGGGCCGGUGCUGCCCGUCAUGCGGGUGGCCAGCGUGGCGGAAGCGGUGGCGCACUGCAACGCCAGCAAGUACGGGCUGCAGGGCUGCGUGUUCACCCGCGACAUCAACGCAGCCAUCGCCAUUAGCGAUGCCAUGGAAACGGGCACGGUGCAGGUGAACGCGCCGCCCGCUCGCGGCCCCGACCACUUCCCCUUCCAGGGCUUCCGCGACUCGGGCAUCGGCAGCCAGGGCAUCCGCAACUCGCUGGCCAUGAUGGUCAAGACCAAGUCCACCGUCAUCAACCUGGACAAGGAGAGCUACGCCAUGGGAUGAGCGGAGGGUGAGGGGGUCAGGAAGCAAGGACUUGAGCAAACCUGACGGGUAGGGGCUGCAACACGUUGCGUCGGGGGUGUGCCCUCGAAUCUCGUUCGUAGAGAUACGUGCCAGGCUAUGAGAGUGGCUGCUGCUUGUAUACCGUUAGGGGUUGGGGCGAUGAGGGAAGCUCGGUUGGUGCAGGCCUGGGAUAACAGAUGGAAGGGACGCUGUACUACGUACACUGGCACCAUGUGACCCGGGUUAGGAAGGCACCUCCCAUCAUAUGCUCUCACCGCUGCCUAUAAUUGGCCUUGAAGUAGGCGGAUUGCCGUGGCAUCAUUGCAUAUGGACCCCCUGCACUUAUAGGGAGGUUUCGGUUCGUGCUUGCCGUGGCUGUUGGGCCGUGGGUGGAGGAAACUUGGGUGGUGCGAGGCGUUGACCAGUGCAGGGGUCUCGUUUUGCACACGGUAUUGCAGGGCCGCUGGGGCUCAUUGCUUGCCGUUCAGGGCCUUUUUAUUGGAGGUACGGCAGAGCCCCACUACGUUGUGGUCCAGGCUUACGGCGGUUGGAGUGACACGGUGUAGCAUUAUGCGAAGGCGGUGGAUGACAACGUGAGAGGGUGUUCUUUGCUCGAAUACGAGAGGCAGGUGAUAUGCGGGGAAAAUGGAAAGCUACAUGUGCGCAGCCUACAAUGCGUGAGAGAGGGUGAGAGACAAAGUGAUUCGAGGUAGGCGAGUGAUUUUGAGCGUUGAGUGUUUUUCUUUGACCUACAGCCCAUGCAGACUUAUCUUGUACCGGUACUGUAUACGACCUUGGAGAGACUGUUGAAGCGCCUGUGGAUGGAGUGGGUCUAGUGUAAGCAGGUGAUGUGUUGGUGGCGUAAAACUUGGAAGGCACGCGUGAGGUGCGUAUCCGACGUCGACAUGGCUCGCGGCACUACCGGCGGUUGGUCCAAGAUGGCGCUGUCCUUUGGAUGCUAUAGUUUGACAUGUCAUGCGCACGAUGCGAUUAAGACAAUGCUUCGGGAAUGAGAAUAGGCGAUGCUGCCAGGAAUACUUCCGUGCCCUUCUGUUGUUGCGGCAGCGCGGUGGCAUGUACCAUGUCCUUCUGUGGGCUUCAACAAGACUAGCAGUGCACGUUUGCGGAUAUAGAAGGACUAAUCUCCAUUCACAUGUAACAAUGGCCGAUGA